CUGACAGAGGAAAAGCUUUUUUGAAUGUGAUAAUGGAAGUGAAAGUAUUUUGGCGGCGCUGGUUCUUGUCUUGGUUAACUGUGAAUCUUUGGGUGUAGGGAGGGCCUGUCCCAGUCUUCCAGGCCGGGAAAGGUAAUCGGCGCUGAACGUGCACUUCUCUGCGGGAGAGCCAGACGGCGUCCGCGGCGGACCCGAAGCGGAAGCCAACCAUAAGGCAGUGUGACCGCGGCCGGAUCUUCGGGCCGCUACCUGAUGUACUAUGCUUUCUUGUGAUAUUUGUGGUGAAACAGUAACCUCGGAACCAGACAUGAAGGCUCACCUCCUAAUUGUUCACAUGGAAAAUGAAGUUAUAUGUCCAUUUUGCAAGUUGUCAGGCGUGAAUUAUGAUGAAAUGUGUUUUCAUAUUGAAACUGCUCAUUUUGAGCAAAAUGAACUAGAAAGAAGCUUUGAGAGGAUCAAUACAAUACAGAUUAGAACUUCAGAUAACAGGAAAGACACCUUACAGUGUAGAAUGGAAGUUAAUUCUAGUGUCCAUUCAGCUUGUGCAUCUAAUCAUCCAAAAAUUUCAGCUCAAAGCCUGCCUAAUGAUGGUACUUUAAAACAUAAAGCCUUUUAUUCGGAGAACUUAACUGAAUCUAGAAAAUUCCUUAAAAGUAAGGAAAAAGAGUGUGACCCAUCUAAAAUAAAAAGAUCAAUUUAUGAAACAACGUACAGUCCUCCCGAAUGUCCGUUCUGCGGAAGAAUAGAAGAUUGUAGUCAAGAUAUGGAAAAUCAUGUGAAAACAAAGCAUGCUGAUCUUUUAGACACUCCAUCAGAAGACCAUGAUCAACCACUGUAUGACUGUCCUAUGUGUGGGCUCAUCUGUACAAAUUACCAUAUUCUCCAGGAACAUGUUGACUUACAUUUGGAAGAAAGCAACUUUGGACAAGGCAUAGAUAGAGUCCAAUGUUCUAGAGAUCUAGAAUUGGCUCACCAGCUUCAACAAGAAGAAGACAGAAAGAGGAGAUCUGAAGAAGCACGACAAGAAAUGGGAGAAUUUCAGAAGCUGCAGAGACAAUAUGGUUUAGAUAAUUCUGGAGGAUACAAACAACAGCAACUACGAAAUAUGGAGAUAGAAGUCAAUAGGGGAAGAAUGCAUCCAUCUGAAUUUCAUAGAAGAAAAGCUGAUAUGAUGGAAUCGCUAGCUAUUGGUAUUGAUGAUGGAAAAACAAAAACUUCUGGAAUUAUUGAAGCACUUUACAGAUACUAUCAGAAUGCGGCCACAGAUGUGAGGCGCGUGUGGCUUUCCACAGGGGUGGAUCACUUUCAUUCAUCUUUUGGUGACAAAGGUUGGGGUUGUGGUUACCGAAAUUUCCAGAUGCUACUUUCAUCAUUACUGCAAAAUGAUGCUUAUGACGAUUGCUUGAAAGGUAUGUCAAUUCCUUGCAUUCCAAAAAUUCAGUCUAUGAUUGAAGAUGCGUGGAAGGAGGGUUUUGAUCCUCAGGGUGCCUCUCAACUUAAUAACAGGUUACAGGGAACAAAGGCCUGGAUCGGAGCAUGUGAAGUAUAUACACUUCUGACCUCCCUAAGGGUAAAAUGCCGCAUUGUUGAUUUUCAUAAGUCAACUGGUCCUUUGGGUACACAUCCUCGUUUAUUUGAAUGGAUAUUGAACUAUUAUUCUUCAGAGAGAGAAGGGAGUCCAAAAGUAGUGUGUACAUCUAAACCUCCAAUCUAUCUUCAGCAUCAAGGUCAUAGUCGAACAGUUGUUGGAAUUGAAGAGAGAAAAAACCGAACAUUAUGUUUACUAAUAUUUGAUCCUGGAUGUCCUUCUCGAGAAAUGCAGAAACUGUUAAAGCAAGACAUGGAGGCUAGCAAUCUCAAGCAACUUCGGAAAUUUGUGGGAAAUUUAAAACAUAAGCAAUACCAGAUAGUGGCAGUAGAGGGUGCUCUUUCUUCAGAGGAGAAAGUUAUUUUAUUUGACAGAGCACGCAUGCACACACAAGCAGGGUGUGGGAGAGGGAGAAGUAAGCUCCCCGUUGGGCAGGGAGCCCCAGAACCCUGGGAUCAUGACCCAAGAGGAAGGCAGAUGCUUAACUGACUAAGCCACCCAGGUGCCCCUAUAUUUUUAUUUUAUUUUAUUUUAUUUUAUUUUUAAAGAUUUUAUUUAUUUGUCAGAGAGAGAGCACACCAGGGGGAGUAGCAGGCAGAGGGAGAAGCAGGCUCCCCGCUGAGCAAGGAGCUCAAUAUGGGACUUAAUCCCAGGACACUGGGAUCAUGCAUGACCUGAGCCGAAGGCAGAUGUUUAACCAACUGAGCCAUCCAAGUGUCCCUGUAUUUUUAUUGUACUUCCAGUGUUGUUAACAUACAAUAUUAUAUUGGUUUCAGGUGUACAAUACAGCGAUUCAGCAAUUCUAUACAUUACUCAGUUAAGUGUGCUCUUAAUCCCCUUUACCUAGUUCACCCAUCCCCGCACCCACCUCCCCUCUUGUAGCCAUCUGUUCUCUAUAGUUAAGAGUCUGUUUUUUGUUUGUUAGAGGUUAGUGUUAAUAGUUAUAAAUACCAAGAUGCUUGUUCAUCAACAGAGCAUAGGUGAGGUUAAAUAUUAUCAUGGAGCCUAGCUGAACAUUUUAGUUGUUAACUUUCUGGUUUUAGAAACUGAGACAUUGGUGUUAGAAUACUAAAAAUGUGCAUUUGCUACUGUUCUUCUUCUUUUUUUUUUUUUUUUUGAGUCAUGGAGAGUAGCUGUGUCUUUAACCAAAAAAAUCAGAACUUGGCUGACUGUGUACAAUGCCGCCAGAUAGAGAAGAAAUAAUAAUAUGAUUAUAAUUGUGAUAUUGAUAAAGUAAUACUUUAUAAUGCUUGCUUUGUGCUAGGCACCAUCCUAAGCAUUUUACACAAAUAUUAACUAAUGUAAUCUACACAACUGCCCCAUGGAGUAGUCACUAUUAUUCCCAUUUUACAGAGGAGGAUGCCUAAGCUCAAAAAAGUUGUAUCCUAUUUCUAAAGUCACACAGCUGCUAAGUAACAAGAGGCAGGAUUCCAAUUCAGUCUGUUUACAUCCAGAGCCCUUCUCUAUAUUGCUUCUUCUGGGAGGAUACAAAGUCUCAUCAUUUCAUGUUUGCUAAUUAAGCUUGUAUGUGAACAAUUCACUUUUAUUGAAAAGAUAGGACAAUAUAUUUUGAAAAAUGAAAAAUCAUCAGUUAACAUUGUUUUCGCAUAUUGCUUUCAGGCUUAGGUUUUUGUUUUUUCCUUUUUUUAAAAAAAAUCACUGUGUCUUAUAGUUAUUCUGCCAUUUUUAACAGUGCUUGUAUACAUUAUAGGAAUUCAGCAAAUACUGAUGUACUGAUUGAUCUGCAUAUCACCAGAUAGAAACCUGUGUCUUUUACUAAGGGCACAUUAAUGACUUUACUUUUUAUUUCAGGGUGAUUGUUUUUUUAUAGCUCAUUUUAAAAUGUCUUUUUCCUCCUAAGUGAUAGCUAUAAUUUUAAUUGUAGGAAUUUCAGAACAAAUUUGGUAUUUUAAAGUAUCCCAAAAUGUAGAUACUUGUAACUGCAUUUUAUGUUUUGUUCUUCAUAUUUGGAGUUAAUUAUAAUAUUUUAAUCAUGCAGCUCUUAUUCAAGGAGAGGAAUCGGGUUUCAAAAAAUUGUUUUUAUCCUGACAACUGUCCUAUAAUUACCAUAAUACAUUUCUGCCAUAAAUACAUUUUGAGUAUCUAAUAAUUCCAAACUGUUGUAUAUGUUUGAACACUUGUUUAGGUGAAAGGAUUUAUGUUGGAAAAUAUCUCCUAAUGCAAUUCACUUAAGUAACGCAUACAAACCUAUUUAAUAGCCAUUUUCCUCAAUUCUUUUCAUACGUUGACAUGUUGUAGUUAAAUUCUGUCACUGCAUUCUUUGUUUUCCAUUAUGUAAUCUUGAUUUAACUUUGUUUUAAAUUAGUUUGGUAUAAUAUACCUUGAUUUGUAACUCAAGUUGUGAAAAUAGAACAAAUGUUUAAAAGGUCUUUUAGGGGCACCUGGGUGCCUCAGACGGUUAAUCAUCUGCCUUCAGUUCAGAUCAUGAUCUCAGGAUCCUAGGAUCCAGCCCCCUUAGGCUCCCUGCUCAGAGGGGAAUCUGCUUCUCCCUCUCCCUGUUCCCCCUGCUUGUGCUCUCUCUCUCUCAAAUAAAUGAAUAAAAAUCUUAAAAAAAAAAAAAAGUCUUUUAAAGUGACAUUUUUAAGACCAUAAUGAAGGAGAUAAUUUUCUUAAAGGUUCUCUGCUCACUGCUCUAUCUCUCCUUCUCUGUAUUUAUACAUGUCUCUCUAUGACUGUGAUCCAUCAUUUUUACUUUUGACUCAUUAUUCCUUAAAACAAUGAAUUUUCUUUUUACUUUGUUUUGUGUUUAUCUGGUAUUUUGUUUAAUUUUUUUCUUUUUUUUUUUUGGUUUGGCUUUAGAAAUGUUUAUUCCUGGGAUGCCUGGGUGGCUCAGUCAGUUAAGCACCUGACUCAAUCUCAGCUCAGGUCUUGAUCUCAGAGUCUGUAGUUCAAGCCCCACGUCAGGCUCCACUCUGGGUCUGGAGCCUACUUAAAAAAAAAAAAAAAGUUUAUUUCUAAUUUCCUAAGUUUGAAGUUGUAAUUUUUCUUAAGGAAUUUUCAUUACCUUGAAAAAAUUUCUAGAUUUUAGUUUUUAUAUUAGAUGAUUAAUAUAUAUUCUAAUAAUGGACUUAUUGCUUAAAAUUAA